AUGAACCCACGGGUGCCAAAGCAACCGCCUACCUGGGCCAUGGACACGCUGGAACAACGAAAAUGGUACGACUGCGAGGUCAAUUUAAUCCUGGUGGCUGAAAAAGUGCGCCUGUGGUGUCGCAUACCGGGGACGCCACCACCAGUCCCGCAAAGCUUGGGGUACAUGCUUAAACAUCGCACUGAGGAAGCCGCCUACCGCAGUAUCAAUGCCAGCCGGAAUGCUUUCAUACUAUGGAUGGGGUACCUGUCGUAUCUCUGCGCCCAAAGUCGUCGAGAGGUUCAUUCAAGACAUAUCAAACAUGAUCCUCGAAGUCCCGUCCCAGCAUGGCAUCACAGGCUGCGCUCCGAACACCCAGAAAUUACAGAAGCAUGGCUGGAUGGAUUUUACAACUCCAAUGUCUAUUCAUACGAUGCCAAAACACCGCGAGCUGGUAUUGUCUAUGAUUGGACUAGCACCCACCCGACACGCCCCCCUGUCGACUGGUUUCUGGAGCACUCCAUUCCAGUAUAUUAUCCAUGGCGCAUACAGGAAGAGGAGUUCAUUGUUACUCAUCUCAAUGUGAAUCCACACCUUCAGCCCCCGCAUGACCUGUUGGCUCAGCUGUUGACUGAGUUAUUUGAGUCCAUGGACGUCUCUUUCGCAGCCGCUUUUGCUCGUAAAUUCUUCAGCCAUGUUCAUCCGACCGAAGGGCUAACCAUGAAGGUCCUUGGAGACAAGUAUUCGCGAACUUUGGUGUACUCUAUCCUGAGCAACCAUUUUGCCCAUGACCCCAAGGCACUGGAUAGAUACAUGUCCAGACCAUUCGAAGAAAUGGAGGCUGCACUACAACAGAAAGACGAGGAACAGCGCAAACUCGCCAUUGAUAGUGCUAACCUGCCUACGCUGCACAUGAUUGAAUUGCCACAUGGAAACCUAAGGCUGCUCUCGUCAGUACAUGAUGACUGGGAUGCAUACUGGGCUGCGCGGGUCAGGGAGCGGCAGAAAAUUUUGGCCACAGAGACUGAAGAAGAGAGGAUAAUACGGUUGAACCGUGAGACAGACCCGCCCAUCAAUCAAACUAAGGUGUUUGUUUGGAAAACUCUAGUAUCCACCGAGGGGUCCAGUGUUUACCUGCGCCAACACAUAGCCAAGUCGGCACAUGAACGGGAGGAGACCGCGCUUGGAGCUCACCAAAAGGUCUAUAACGGAGUCAAGAAUGAAUGGGACUUUUGUAAGCAUUUGCUUCCACCCUCGGAGUUGGCUGGUGCAUUUGUGCAGAAGGGCCACCAUGAACCGCACAGAGGGCGUUACGAGACACGCCAGCCUGGGCGCGGCAGACUAUCACGUCCCGCAAAAAUAAUCAGACGUGACCCCAGCCCUCAGCCGGCCCCGUACGAUCGGGAAGAUACGCCAUGGUACGACACUAUUGAACCGGACCCCACCCCGAUGACAGUAGGAACGACAACCGACUCGGGUGGUUUGACGAGUAUCACAGUUGACACAAUGUUGGUAAUGCCACUGUCAUCCUCUGUGUCUUGCUCAGGCCCUUCAUCUCUCCACGGUCCGCCAGUUGCUACCUCGACCCACAUGUCGCCAAUAACCCCAGAUGAAUCCAAGGGGAGUUGUAAGCGGGGCCGACCUACCACCCCACCACCAACAUCCCUUGGUCGACGCAGGCGCAGCCUCGACACGACACUUCCAGAAAGCUCAACACGGUCUCGUCCACGGCAACGACGUGUUCGACAGAGCCCCUCGCCAAGAAGGGAAAUGGACUAUGGCAAAGAUUGCGAGAUGGCGUCCCCUGCGGAAUUUGUUCAGGGUCGAAGUGCAGACACGGCCUUAUCCAUGGAUGCGCCAGUGUCAGGGCAACACUAUAAUCAGUAUGACAAGGCCACCAACAAAGAUUAA